AUGUUCUUCACACAUGGGCCGUCCUUUUCGCUUCGGUAUCAAAAUAGUGGACGGAUUGGGGAUGUCCAUGUAUUCAUGAAGAACCUCUACCGCUUUUGGGUCUACAAGGGCCUCUGGUUCUCGUGCUUGGCGUCCUUGGUGGACUUUCUUAAUAGCGUUGUCGUGUUCUGUCUCGUGGUAUUCCUCACAACAGUGUUUGAUUGGCCGGUUGCGGCCGCCUGCGACGAGGUGAGCUGUGGAACCGUAACCUUAACCCAUCACAUGCGCUUGCCCACCGAACGCGGUGCGAGUCAUGUUCUACUUUGCUUGAUUUUGUUGGUUUCCUCGGCUGCGUCGGCAACUUACGAGUUUUUGAAGUUUCUGGAGACAUGUAGUUUGCAAAUGGAAACCGAGAGGAUGGUGCGCGUUAUUGUUGAUACGGGGUAUACCAGUCCCUUUCACCGUUUGGCGCACAUUUGGAGGCGUAUGCGAGUCCAAUCGGAUGGGCACGAGGAGCUUCCUGAUCACGGGCUCCCCUUUAUCGGUAACAUGGCGUGGGGUGACUUUCUUGACGAAGUUUGCGCCCGGAUUCAGAGGGAUCGCUCCUUUGGUGUGAUUGAGCACAAAGAGUUUGAUAGCCUUCGCGCCGUCCAAGCUCUUAUGGUUUAUGAGAACUACUUCAUUACGUUCCACCAACACGGUAUCUUGGAGCGGGGAGCACUGAAAUACGCAGAUGAAAAUGUUAUCAGGAUGCUUAUCCGCAGCCUGUUUGAUGAAUUCAGCACAUUAGUUCGAGGCAAGGACCACGUGACACUCUUACGUUGGAAGGUCGUAAAGUACCUGGUGGUGUAUGCUCUUUUUUAUCCAUUUGUUGUAGCCCACUUCCUUCUUCGCGUUUUGGUCAAGAAUGCUGCCAUGGUGCGCACUGAUUGGGGAGGUUAUAUGACGAAGGACUGGAACAAACGUGCCCUCUGGACGUUUAGUCUGUACAACGAAGUACCGCAUGUGUUGUCUGCGAGGAUUGCGAGUGGACGGCAAAUUGUGAUGGAAAUGAUCUGCAGACUUAAACCCCAUUCCAGUGGUAAGCGCUUCGUGUGCCGCGUAGCCUCUGGGAUCAUCCUUGUCUUACUAAGUUUGUCACUGGUAAAUACGUCGUUGUUGGUUUCGGGAAAUUUGUGUGGCAUUCCACUUCUUUGGUGGCUCACAGGUUCUAUCGCAGCAUUUUCUGUGUGCAACGAAACCCCACCAGUAGAGCGGGAGUACAAUUACUUGCCUGACCUUGAAAGACUUGUCAAGCAGUUGCACUACAGUCAAGAGGAGUGGAAUCACUCUGGGGAGUCAUUCUACAGUGCCGUCACUUGGGACUUUUUAGAAAGUCGGUUUUCUGUUAUUAUCAGUGACAUUGCUCGGACGUUGUUUAUGCCGUGCAUUCUUCUCGGCCUUUUGUUUGACGGUAGUUUGCCUGCCCUUAUGGAGUGUGUGCAGUCAGAGUCUGUGCGCGUGGAUGGGUUAGGUUCUGUUGCACGAGAAGCGGCAUUUGACUUUCAGCUCCUUGGUGAUGGUAAUGACUACCCUCUGGCUUACCAUCUUAGUGAGAAACUUCUCAAAUCGAUCGCUAGCUUCUCCGCUAUCUACCCCAAGUGGAUGUUGAAGCACAUGCCUGACGCGGUGCCACCAGCUGAUCAAUCUGGAGGUAGUGCAACUUCAGGCGCACUAGACAUUUUAGUGACGAAGCUGCGCAAUAGAGUCGAUGCAGAAACAGAAAUGCAAGUGCUGGGUGACCCGUCGGUGAGCGCGUUGGGCGUGGUAAACUCAGAAGCUGAGAUUACUCGCAGUUCAGCGCUACUUGGUAAAGGCACUGCGCACGAACGGGAGCAACUGUUCGUCUCGCAUAUGAUGCAAUCAAUCUAUGCUUCGAAGAGCUUCGGUAUCGAUUCUCGCACUCUUAGGACUGCUAAAGAAGGGAGAGAGGGAUGCGGGACAUAA